AUGAUGUCUAUGAACAGCAAGCAGCCGCAUUUUGCCAUGCAUCCCACCCUACCUGAGCACAAAUACCCCUCUCUACACUCCAGCUCAGAAGCAAUAAGAAGAGCAUGUCUACCAACUCCACCGUUGCAGAGCAAUAUCUUCGCCAGCCUCGAUGAGACCCUGCUGGCGCGGGCCGAGGCUCUGGCCGCCGUCGACAUCGCCGUUUCGCAGGGCAAAAGCCACCCGUUCAAGCCGGACGCCACCUACCACACCAUGAACAGCGUACCCUGCACCUCCACUUCCACUGUGCCCCUGGCGCACCACCACCACCACCAUCACCACCACCACCAGGCGCUGGAGCCCGGAGACCUCCUCGACCACAUCACCUCCCCAUCGCUGGCGCUCAUGCCCGGCGGAGGAGGCGGCGGCAGCGGCGGCAGCGGCGGCCACGACGGGGCGGGUGGCGGCGGCGCCGGGGCCGGCAGCGGCGGGGCCGGUGGCGGCGGUGGCGGCGGCGGCCUCAUCUCUACCUCGGCCCACCCGCACUCGCACAUGCACGGCCUGGGCCACCUCUCGCACCCGGCCGCCAUGAACAUGCCGUCGGGGCUGCCGCACCCGGGGCUGGUGGCCGCUCACCACGGUGCAGCGGGGCAGGUGGCCUCGGCGGCAGCGGUGGUAGGGGCGGCUGGUUUGGCCUCCAUCUGCGACUCGGACACGGACCCGCGGGAGCUGGAGGCCUUCGCCGAGCGCUUCAAGCAGCGCCGCAUCAAGCUGGGGGUGACCCAGGCCGACGUGGGCUCGGCAUUGGCAAACCUGAAGAUCCCGGGGGUGGGCUCCCUCAGCCAGAGCACCAUCUGCCGCUUCGAGUCCCUCACCCUCUCCCACAACAAUAUGAUCGCCCUCAAACCCAUCCUGCAGGCCUGGCUGGAGGAGGCCGAGGGCGCCCAGCGGGAAAAAAUGAACAAGCCCGAGCUCUUCAACGGGGGCGAGAAGAAGCGCAAGAGGACUUCCAUCGCCGCCCCGGAGAAGCGUUCCCUGGAGGCUUACUUCGCCGUCCAGCCCCGGCCCUCCUCUGAGAAGAUUGCCGCCAUCGCCGAGAAAUUGGACCUCAAAAAGAACGUGGUGCGGGUUUGGUUUUGCAACCAGAGACAGAAGCAGAAACGGAUGAAAUUUUCCGCCACCUACUAG